AUGGCGGCCACCAUCGACAUUCGACAAACAUGGGCCGUACUCAGUCUUGGGCUGGACAAGAUCCUCAACGCGGAUCUUCGUGCCAGCAGCAACUCAGGCACAAUCAAGGCGCUCGAGAAGACGGACUACAUCGAACUCUACCAUGAGGUAUUUGGGUACUGCACAAAGAGCUCCUCGGGGUCCAGGCCUCUGGGCGCCAUGCAAGCUGGCGCACGAUCCCAGUCCGCCGACAAGAUUUACGGAAAGGACAUUUACGACAAGCUCAAGGACUUUCUCAUUGAACACAACAAGAAGAAGCUCAGCGCGCUGUCGCAGCUUCGCGGGGAGGAGCUGCUCAACACAUACCGCCACGAGUGGGGGCUGUACGACUUUACGCGCACCAUCAUCGACAACAUCUUCAGCUACCUCAACAAGCACUGCGUGCCCCGCGCCAUCGAAGCAGACAUGCCCGGAUACUUUGACAUCUACACGCUGACCGUCUUUGUUUGGAGAGAAUACCUCUUCAAACCCCUGCACGAGAAGCUUGUCGAGAGCGCGCUUGAGAUGGUUCGCCAGGACCGCAACGGCGUUCAGAUCCGCACCAGCGCCCUCAAGGCGUUUACAGCAAGCCUCGUGGCGAUGGGUUUGGAUGACAAGGAGAAUGUGCAAGGGCUUGUUGGGCGCGUUGAGUUCAAGCCAAAAGUGAACCUGGACGUGUACGAGCAGUACUUUGAGAGGCCGUACCUCGCCGAGACGCGCGCCUUUUACCAGAAGGAGAGCAUCUCCUUUGCAGACGCGGGCUCCCUCGCAGACUUUGUCAAAAAGGCGCUGGUGCGCGUUGAAGAGGAAGAGGACCGCGUGCAUCAGUUUAUGCACGAGUCCACGGGCAUCAAAGUCGCAGAGGAGUGCAACAAAGUGCUUGUUGUGAUGCACCAGGACGCCCUUAACAACGAAGCGUCCGUCCUCCUGGAAACAGAAAAGGACGAAGCAGACCUGAAGCGGCUGUACACGCUGCUGCGACGUGUGCCGGAGACGCUGAAGCCACUGCGGGACCAGGUGGAGAAGCACAUUGCACAGCACGCGCGCAGCGCCAUCGACGCCUGCGGCAAACUCGGCGCGUCGAGCGAGGAUGCGCGCAAGUUUGUUGAGACGCUGCUGCAGGUGCACGAGAAGUACCUGAAGCAGAUCAACCUUGCCUUUGAGAACGACACGCUGUUUGUGGAGGCGAUGGACAAGGCGCUCAAGGACGUGGUGAACCGCAACGCCGUGACGGCCAACGGGCGCAACUCGACACGCAGCCCCGAGCUGCUGGCCAAGUACUGCGACUCGCUGCUGAAGCGCGGCUCAAAGGUGGAGGGCGAGCAGCUGGAGCGCCGUCUCGCCCAGGUCAUGACCAUCUUCAACUACCUUGAGGAUCGGGACGUGUUUGAGAAGUUUUACAAGAAGUUCCUUGCGAAGCGGCUUGUGACGGGCGGCUCUGCCUCUGACGAUGCGGAGGCCAUGUUCCUGUCCAAGCUCAAGGCCGCCAGCGGGCACGAGUACACACACAAGCUGCAGCGCAUGUUCAACGACAUUGGCACCAGCCGCGAGCUCAACACCAAGUUCAAGAACCACCUGCGCGUCUCCGGCACGUCGCUGAAGGUUGACUUCUACGUGCAAGUGCUGACGAGCCACUCGUGGCCGUUUACGGCGCAGCUCAACGUCACGCUCCCGCCGGUCCUCGGCCGCUGCCUCGAGCGCUUCUCCAUGUUCUACCAGAAUGAGCACCAGGGCCGCAAGCUCAUGUGGGCGUACCAGCUGUGCAAAGGCGAGCUCCUCACACACUACCUCAAGAAGCCUUUCGUCUUCCAGGCAAAUCUGAUCCAGAUGGCUGUGCUGCUGCUGUUUAACCAGCAGCUGAGCAUGAGCCGCUCCCAAAUCCUCGAAGCAACGGGCGUUGACGAGAAAUCCCUCAAGCCACAGCUUGACAACCUCCGCAAGAUGAAGAUCUUCAAGGAAGAGAACGAGGUGAUGACGCUGAACGAGAAGUACAGCUACAAGAAGCUGAAGAUCAAGAUUGACCAGCCCGUGAAGAGCGAGCAGAAGGAGGAGUCUGAGACGACACACAAGAUGGCGAUGGAGGACCGCAAGCUUGUGAUGGAGGCGUGCAUUGUUCGCAUCAUGAAGAUGCGCAAGCGCCUCAGCCACACGUCCCUCGUGCAAGAGGUCAUUGAGCAGCUCCAGUCGAGAUUCAAGCCAGACGUCGGCAUGAUCAAGAAAUCGAUUGAGUCGCUGAUUGACAAGGAGUACCUUCGCCGAGGUCAAGUCCGCACAGAAUACGAGUACCUUGCAUAA